AUGGAGGAUCAAUCAAGAAGAGCGAGACACGAACAUGAUUUGAAUUUGGCCUCGAGGAAAGCCGAGGAAGCAGCUUUGAGGCGAUUCCAAGCUACCCAUUGGUUGGAAUGCUUAGUCGGACCACUGGGUAUAUCAAGUCAGCCAUCGGAGAAAGAGUUCCUUUCUUGCUUGAGAAGUGGUUUGAUCCUCUGCAAUGCUAUUAACAAGAUUCAACCAGGAAUAGUCCCUAAGGUUGUGGAGAUUCACUCACCUACGCAGUCACUCACGUGGGAAUCUCAGCCAUUGCCUGCCUACCAAUAUUUUGAGAAUGUUCGUAACUUUUUGGUAGCUGUAGAAGUGUUGAAACUACCUGCGUUUGAGGCAUCUGAUCUUGAAAGGGAUAAUUUGGAGGCGGGGUCGUCAGCUAAGGUGGUUGACUGCAUUUUAUCACUUAAAGCAUAUCAUGAGUGGAAACAGAUGAGUGGAGGAACCGGAAUAUUUAAGCCCCCAAAAUCUCCUUUGGUUUUGAACUCUGCGAGUAGGAUCCACUCGCGAGCUUCUGCACCAAUUCUCUUAGAUCCUUGCAGGCGAUUGGACAUGUCUUCAGGCUGUGAUAAACAACAAUCCAGUGAGAGUGACACCCAGCAACUUGAAGGUUUUCUUUCUGAUUUAAUUGUCAAGGCUAUUGUAGAAUUUAUGGUUGACACAAAGGAAAAUAUAGAUGAUAACAUUCUUACUUCCUUCCGAAAUGGAAACCGGGAUCCUAUCAAGUUGUUCAACACGAUCUUUUCAAGCUGUUUGGAGGAAGAAUUUCAAAACAAGUUUCCUGGGUUGAAAUCUGUCUUAAAAGAUGGCCAUUCACUGUCACCCUUCGAGAAUCUAUCCAUUACUGGAAACUCCAAGAAUCUCAAAGCAUUGUGGACGAGAACAAAGAAGGACUUUGAAGUCUUGCAGUCUCAGUUGCAAAGCGAUUUGAAACAACUGGAGAGUCAAGUGCAGGAGUUAUCCGUUGCUGCUCUUGGUUACCAUAAGGUUGUGAAAGAGAACAGGAAUCUGUACAACAUGGUGCAAGAUUUGAAAGGAAAUAUUCGAGUUUACUGCAGAAUUAGACCUGCAUUUAAUUCUGAAGCAAAAAAUGUGAUAGAUUUUACUGGAGAAGAUGGUUCUGUAGUGGUUUCAGAUCCCUUGAAGCCCCACAAAGAUGGAAGGAAAGUUUUCCAGUUCAAUCGUGUUUUUGGUCCAAUUGCUACUCAAGAUGAGGUGUUCAAGGAUACUCAACCACUAAUUAGAUCUGUGAUGGAUGGUUACAACGUAUGCAUUUUUGCUUAUGGUCAAACUGGAUCUGGCAAAACACAUACCAUGUGUGGUCCUUCUGGUGGAUCACGUAAGGAAUUGGGGAUCAAUUAUCUAGCUCUCAAUGAUCUCUUUCUACUAUCUAAUAGAAGAAAGGACAUCACAAACAAAUUAGAGAUACGGAGUUGUACAGGUGACGAUGGCUUGAGUGUUCCUCAGGCUACAAUGCAUCCGGUGAAGUCUACUGCUGACGUUCUUCACCUGAUGAAACUUGGUGAGGUUAAUCGUGCAGUCAGUUCCACUGCCAUCAACGACCAAAGUAGCCGUUCUCACAGCAUCUUGACGGUACAUAUUCAUGGUAAAGAUGUAUCUGGAAGCGCACUUCGCAGUUGCCUCCAUUUGGUUGACCUUGCAGGAAGUGAACGGGUGGACAAGUCAGAAGUUACAGGAGAUGCGCUCAAGGAGGCACAGUAUAUAAAUAAAUCUCUUUCCUGUUUGGGAGAUGUGAUCACAGCCUUGGCCCAGAAGAGCUCUUACAUCCCUUACAGAAACAGCAAACUUACAUUACUCCUGCAGACCUCUCUAGGAGGAAAUGCCAAAACAUUGAUGUUUGCUCAUGUGAGUCCUGAAAGAGAAUAUUUGGGGGAAACAAUCAGUACCUUGAAAUUCGCUCAGAGAGUCUCAACCAUUGAACUUGGUGCAGCUUGCACAAACAAAGAAAGCAGGGAAGUCAUGCAACUUAAAGAACAGAUCGACAGCCUCAAAAAGGUGUUGGCUAACAGGGAAGCACGGAUUCAACUGAAUAAACCAAUGGAAACAGCAAGGACUCCAUUUGACAAAAACAAAGCGAUGACUGAGAGAACCCCUCCACGUCCCAGAAGGUUAAGCAUUGAAAACUGCAGCACCGUGAAUAUGGAGAAAUCAAUUACUUUUGAAACUAAAAAGGGAUCCAAAACCCCUUCUGUAAAAACUCGCUCACGAAGAUUAAGUUUGGAAGGGCCAAGAUAUGCUAAUAAGGACGCUGAGCAGAUCAAAAUAUUAGAAUCCACAAGAAAGCCACUACAGUCGGAAACAGCGUGGUUACAGGAAUCUGGCCAGCUUCAAGAUGCUGAAGCUGUCACAAAACCAUAUGGUCAUAUCUGCAAUGGCGAGUCCAUGGUGAACUUAUGUUGCCAAAGGGCUCCUCGGAGUCCCACAAGCUCUGCUUAUCAAAGUCUAGUGGUCAAAACAGAUAGUCGAACGAAAAUUCCAUCUCUUCAACUGCCCAGAACACCUGAGCCACCGGUACUUGCUAGAAAUGAAGGUAAAACGGGGAUGCAAGGUGAGCAUACUACUUCUUCAGAGUCACAGACACCUGGCUUCACUAAUAGCACAAAUGGGAAAGGAUCUCAAAUACGUAAAUCACUUCGGACCAUUGGGAAACUGAUUAAUGGCUCCGAAAAGAGGAACCAACAGAAACUGACUGAAGCUCUAUCGCCUGUUAAUGGCACAAGCAACAUAAAUUUUGUAAAGUUGUCAGCUCCAUCUAAUCCAAGGGCACUACGGAGACAGUCAUUGACUGGCAUUCAACCAUCAGACAGUUCCAGAAGAUCUUCACUUGGCGGGAAUCCCACUCCCUCCUGUGGUAAUGAAAACAGGAAUGCCAAGACACCUCCUCCAGUCCAUCCAUCAGCCAAGUCGAUGAAACGUUGGCAAUAGAUAUUUUAAAGCUAAGCAACGCUGAUUGCAGUGGUGCUUUGACUCGAAGCAUACUGCAUGCUGACACACCCCGGCAACUUUUUUAGAGAAGAGAAUUGCUGAAAGAAUUAGCCAAAGCAGCGGUAUUUUUCGUUCAUGUACAGAUAGAUUAUGGAGGAGAGAGGAGAGUGGGAGUAGGCUAGGAGCAUUCAAUUUGUUGAAUGUUUACCAAAUUAAUAAAUUAGUUGCAUAACCAGAAAAAACCAUAGUUUUGUAUGCCAAAUAGUACGUUACGAG